AUGGUCACUGCAGUGUUGCCAACUGUUACUGGCACAGCCUUUAAUUCCCAGGCAUAUCGCGCAUCUGUGUCUUCGGAGUUGACCAUCACACCGGAGCGCGCCAGGAAUGGUCAUUCCACGAAUGUUGGUGCUUCCAGCGCAUCACCGUCUGCGCGACUCUCCGGGUUUGUUGGCAUGUGCGCUGGCUGUGGUGCGCUUGUGGCACUGGUUGUUUUCCUGCCACUUGCAGCCCGAUUCGAGAAGAUGGGAUUAUCCCCAGCACAGGCGAUCCAACGCAGCUAUUAUGUGGUUGCUGCCGUAUCCCUUGUUAUCUGCCUUGUAUGUUUCAUUGGCCUCCGUGAUCUUCCCGGAGAAAAGGGCAAAAGUUGGAGUGCCUUGUGGAAAACAUCUCAUCACUGUGAUGACGAAGAUGAAGACGACGAUGAUCUAUCUAUCCAUGGGUCAACAUUGCCAUACUGGAAGCAGUUGACAACUGCCCUUACACUGGGAUUCCGAAACCGUAGCAUUGGACUCGGCUACGUCGGAGGCUUCGUGGCUCGGGCCUCUUCUGUGGGGAUAUCAUUGUUCAUUCCUCUCGCUGUUAAUCACUACUAUCGGGUAUCGGGCCUCUGCGACGAGGAACAUGAACCGGUGCCUGGGUCGGGACUAGGGGAUAUCAAGAAAGCGUGCCCCCGUGCAUACAUCGUCGCAUCCAUACUGACCGGGGUGUCCCAAUUGGUGGCAUUGAUUGCAGCUCCAGCAUUUGGGUACCUGACAGACAAAUCACGACGAUACAAUUUCCCACUUCUUUUCGCAGCAUUGGUGGGAAUCAUUGGCUAUAUCAUCUUCGCUAUGCUCCCAAACCCUUUGUUUGAAAGACCCGACGGCAAUCCGGGGGUGUUUGUUGUGAUGGCUCUGCUUGGAAUCAGCCAGAUCGGAGCAAUUGUCUGCAGCUUGGCUGUGCUGAGCAACGGUAUCUUGCGGGUCAGUAUUGACAAUGAAACAUUAAGAAAAAUAUCUGAGGAACGACGCGUCCGUGGGGACGAGAAUGAAGCAGAGCCCGACGAGGGCCAGUCUCUUCUUGCCGGGUCGGGUAACCAGAGAUUAGAGCAUCUGUCCCACCUCAAAGGCUCCAUCGCAGGUGUCUAUUCACUAUAUGGUGGAGCAGGUAUCCUGCUGUUGACCAAAGUGGGUGGACUGUUAUUUGACAUUCUGUCAGCGGGCACACCAUUCUAUAUCAUGGCUGGCUUUAAUGGCGUGCUCCUCGUCAUAGGAAUUGUGUGUGGAGGUAUCAACCACUUUAGAUCCUCAGCAGGAAGGACUUGGUGA